CCCUCACUGAGCUGCAAAGGUAGCAGACACUACUUCUGUGGCUUCAGUGCACAUGUAGGCAUCAUGAGACUGGUACUUCCCAACCCAGGACUGGAUCUCCGCAUCCCUAGACAUGAAGAUUUGGAGAGGAUGGAAAAGGAAGAGGACGCGGACAGGCCUAAAUGGGACAACAAAGCCCAGUAUAUACUAACCUGUGUGGGCUUCUGCAUUGGUCUUGGUAAUGUGUGGCGAUUUCCUUACUUGUGUCAAAGUCAUGGAGGAGGUGCCUUUUUGAUUCCUUACCUCAUCCUGCUGGUGCUGGAGGGAAUGCCUCUCCUGCUGCUUGAGUUUGCCAUUGGUCAGCGACUCAGGAAAGGCAGCGUGGGAGUAUGGAGGGCCAUCAACCCUUACCUCACAGGUGUUGGUAUCGCCUCUAUGCUAGUGUCCUUUUUGGUCGCACUGUACUACAACACAUUAAUAGCCUGGAUCUUGUGGUAUCUCUUCAAUUCUUUCCAAGAGCCUCUGCCUUGGACGCAGUGUCCUCUCAGUGAAAACAAGACAGGAUUUAUACCAGAAUGUCAGCAGAGCUCCACUGUGGAUUAUUUCUUUUACCGAGUGACUCUGAAUAGUUCAACGGCUAUCACUGAGUCUGGAGGAAUCCAGUGGCCCAUAGUAGUCUGUCUACUGUCCGCCUGGACUAUUAUUGCUAUAUGCUGCAUAAGAGGAAUUAGCACUUCAGGCAAGGCAGUGUACAUCACAGCCAUUCUGCCGUACAUAGUGCUGGCCAUCUUCCUGAUCCGAGGACUGACUCUGAAAGGAGCUUUCAGUGGGCUAAAGUUCCUCUUCACACCAGAUGUGGAUGAGUUGAUGAAACCAACAACGUGGUUGGAUGCAGGUGCCCAGGUCUUUUAUGCAUUUGGUUUGGCAUGGGGAGGCCUCAUCUCUUUCUCAAGCUACAACCCUGUUCACAAUAACUGUGUGCAAGAUGCUGUGAUUCUCUCUGUCGUAACUGGCCUCACAUCAGUCUAUGCUGCUACGGUCACCUACACCAUCAUUGGCUUCAGGGCCACUGAAAAAUAUGACACCUGUAUCAAUGAUAACAUCAUGACACUAUCGAAUGCAUUUGAGCUUCCUGAGGAGAGCAUCACUGUAGGCAACUAUGAUGCAGCUUUCAGUCAUCUGAACAGCUCCUAUCCUGAUGUUGUUAUUGGACUGGACAUCAAAACCUGUGACUUGCAGAAGCUUCUCAGUGAGGGAGUGGAGGGGACAGGUCUGGCCUUCAUUGUUUUCACAGAGGCCAUCACCAAGAUGCCUGGAUCCCCAAUCUGGUCCGUGCUCUUUUUCAUCAUGCUUCUCUGCUUGGGACUCUCAACCUUGUUUGGCAACAUUGAAGGAGUGGUGGUCCCCUUGAAAGACCUAAAUGUAUUCCCUAAAAAAUGGCCCCAUGAAGUACUGACUGGACUAACAUGUCUUGUGGCAUUCGUCAUCUCCCUCCUGUUUGCGCAGGGUUCAGGAAUUUACUGGGUCACUCUCUUCGACAACUUUGCAGGGUCGGUUCCACUCCUGACCAUUGGAUUUUUUGAAAUGAUAGCUGUCGUUUACAUCUACGGCAUUGACAGGUUCAAUGAGGACAUAAGGUUCAUGGUUGGAUAUAAGCCCUCCAUCUUCUGGCAGGUUUCAUGGAGGUUCGUCAGUCCUCUAAUCGUCUUGGUUAUCUUAAUUUUCUAUCUGGUGACUCAAGCCCAAGAGAAGCUCACGUAUUUAGUGUGGGACCCGAAUUCUUUUUUUUGUUUGUUUGUUUUCAGGAGAUGUUCCCAGCUCUGGCAUCAGUUCCUUACCCUUCCUGGAUCAAUGCAGUCAUCUUUCUUUUGGCAGGAAUCCCCAGCUUGGCAGUGCCUCUGUUUGCAUUGUUUAGGCUGGUAUUCGUGUGCUGCAGAAAAAAAUGUUGCGGAGAGAAGAAAGUGAGGCAGAUCUCCUCAUCAGAUAUGUGGAAUACCAGAUGAGCAAAAGCAUCAUGAAUGAACCACAACACCCUUCAAUCUCAUCACCUCAUCAUGCACAAAUGACUGACAAAUAUAGGUCUUUGGCAAAAGCCAUGGAGAUUAGGGCCCUGAAAUAACAGCAAAUACACAAACCCGUCUAUGGAUAUACUGAUAAUCGAUAGUACAGUGUCUGUAAAGUUCACACUUUCCAGGAAAAAAUGUGUCUCACAUGAGAGCAGGGAUUAGAAGGAAAUGCAACAGUGAUUUUUCUUUUUGUGUUUAAAAAGAAACUGUAACCAGCAACAAGUGAAUGUGCAUUAUAGUUGUUUAUUUUGUUCAGUGGAUGUUACCAUGCCAUAUUUGGUUUAAAUUUGGAUUUGUUCAGACACAACUUAUCUUGAUUUAAAGAUGAAUUGUAAGUUUAAUGAAAUUCUGUUUUGAAGGGAAAUUGUUUUGUUUGUUGUUCAGUCCUUACACACCAAGCAUGAACUACAUAGCACAUUAUUAACUUGCCAAAAUUCAGUCAGUAUGUGUUACUGAAUUUAAUAAAAUAACACAAGUAAGGUAACACCUUAUGAAUUCAU